UUCCCAGGAAAGUAAAUUCUCUCCCCCGUCCACCUCGUUGUGUAAGCUUCAUCAGUGCCAGGGAUUUUAUCAAGAAUCAUAAAGCUCCUCUUUGGGUCCCACACAAAGCGCAGGGCGGAGCACGGCUGCCACGGGAUUGCAGAGGCCGGCCUGGAGCUGGUUGGUAUUUUGGGGACAUGCAAGCUUCUGUGACUAACACAGCCUGGAUGGGAGCUGGCUGGGGAAGGAGACAAGACCUUCCUGCUGAACUGAAGAAGUAUACGUGCAGCAACUUCUGCCCAGAUCACGUAGGUCUGUGCGUGAAGAGCCUGUACCAUGUGACAAACACACUUGGCAGGCAUAUUGAAAAUGGAGCGCUUUACAGAGUCUUUGGAGGGGACCCAUUCAUGGACACCGGUGGUCAGGAGCUGGAAAGCAGGACAACAUGGAGGCACGUUGGUGCUUGCCGGAGACGCUUCAUGUGGAGAAAGCCUUUUCUUAGCAGGUUUGAAUCUCACUGGGAGCCUUUCCUGACCAGCAAAUCCAUAUACUCACUACUGGACAGGCCUUUUAAACAGGAGCUUGAGGAAGUUCUGUGGCUCCAUAAGCUUCCUUUUGGGCUACACAGCUCAGUUCUCUCUGCUUUUAGCACGUUGCAGCUUCUUCCAGAGCAGGAUUUGCCUGGAUCCUUUGGCCGCUUAUGGUGCCAAAGGUGCAUUGUGGUCGGCAAUGGCUACUCUGUCCAUGGGCAGCACUUUGGGAAAAUGAUUGACUCUCACCAUGUUAUCAUAAGAUUAAAUGAUGCUCCAGUAAAAGAGUACAAAAAGGAUGUGGGAGAAAGAACCAGCAUUCGUCUCUUCUUCCCUGAAUCAGCUCUGCCCAAUCCUCUGGAAAACAGUGACAACAAUACACUGAUGGUGUUUGUCCCAUUCAAGCCUCUGGAUUUCUUAUGGCUGAGGGAAGUAUUGCUGAAAACAAAGAACAAGACAACAGAGGGAUUUUGGCGCCAGCCUCCCCAGGAGUGGAACUGGAACAUCUCUCAGCUACGUAUUCUCAAUCCAUAUGUCACCUAUGAGGCAACAUACAAACUGCUGCAGCUGAACGCAUCAAGUAAGAGAUAUGCCACCACGGGAAUCAUUGCUUUGAACUUAGCCCUCCAUCUGUGCCAAGAGGUCAACAUUGCAGGCUUUGGUUACCCUGGCAACCAUGACACUACUACGCCAAUACAUUAUUACAAUACUGGUCUCUCACGGAAAAACGAGCUCUUUCAGCAUAAUCUCACAGCUGAGAGGAACUGGCUUCUGAAAAUGAUUGAGUGGGGAGUGAUUGCUGACUUAACCAGCCAUGCUUUCCAAGCGCAGAACCAUUAAGAGGAGGCCAUGCUGCUUGCUAUCCCCAUCCAGACACCUCAGUUGGGCUUUGCCCUUCUUCCAGGUUGUUUUGAGCAUGUCACAGUGCAUCCUUUCCCAGGUGGAAUGGGAGGUCAAACCCUGAGAUUCAGAGCACUUUCCCCAUUUGCCUCUGACUUCCACCACUGUCUGCUGUAGUGUGGAGGAUGAGGAGUGUUGCACAACACUUCUUGUGUGAUCUCCUGCUUUGUAAUCAGCCGUCCUGUACUCACUGGGCUAUUUGUGAAAAGCAUCAGACUGAGAUGCCAGGCUGGUCUGCAGGCCCUGAGAAACUCAGGGGUGAAGGUGCAGUGCUUACCCUGAGAUUUCAGACCCCUUCAUGCACAAAUUGGAGCAGAAGAAAGUUACACCCGUCACUUUGGAAAAGGACGAGGUUGAAAACACAGAGUUUUAUUGUCUCGCUAAUUGUUGAGAACUGUUAAUGUCUGCAGUAAACACACACACAAAAAUUGUUUCUUUUAUUGUUCUGUUCGAGAAUAAAUGCACUUCUGUUUUC